GCUCCAAAACACAGGAACGCAGGCACCACCUGACCUUUCGACCCAUAUAAAACUUGUUGAAGAGUAUGGAGCUGUGGGACCCAUGACCACUGGAGGGAGGAUUGCCAGGCAGGAAACAAAGAGCAAAGUCCUAUGGUAGGAGGAAGAAAGACUGCAGUGCUAGGCAAAGGCAAAAAGCCAGUGUCCCAGUGGAAGCACCACCUGCAGCUGGUGCCAUGGAUGCCCUGGUCCGACUCCUGCAGCUGCUGGUGCUGCUCCUGACCCUGCCCCUGCACUUGCUGGCUCUGCUAGGCUGCUGGCAGCCCCUGUGCAAAACCUACUUCCCCUACCUGAUGGCCGUGCUGACUGCAAAUACCAACCGCAAGAUGGAGAGCAAGAAACGGGAGCUUUUCAGCCAGAUUAAAGGACUUAUGGGAACCUCUGGGAAGGUGGCCCUGUUGGAGCUGGGCUGUGGUACUGGUGCCAACUUCCAGUUCUACCCACCUGGCUGCAGAAUCACUUGCCUGGACCCAAACCCCCACUUUGAGAAGUUCCUGACAAAGAGCAUGGCUGAAAAUAGGCACCUCCAAUAUGAGCGAUUUGUUGUGGCAUAUGGAGAGGACAUGAAACAACUAGCUGAUGGCUCCAUGGAUGUGGUGGUGUGCACACUGGUGCUGUGCUCCGUGCAGAGUCCAAAGAGGGUCCUGCAAGAAGUCCAGAGAGUGCUAAGGCCGGGAGGAGUGUUGUUUUUCUUGGAGCAUGUGGCCGAGCCUCGAGGAAGCUGGGCCUUCAUGUGGCAGCAAGUUUUCGAGCCCACAUGGAAACACAUUGGUGAUGGCUGCUACCUCACCAGAGAGACUUGGAAGGACCUUGAGAAUGCCCAGUUCUCUGAAGUUCAAAUGGAACGACAGCCCCCUCCCUUCAAGUGGUUACCUGUUGGGCCCCAAAUCAUGGGAAAGGCUGUGAAAUAAGCUUCCUCAAGCUCUCAGGGCAGUCAUUAGCUCCCUUCCCUGCCUCUAGUCAGAAGGAAUCACCCACCAGCCAAGGCUGUCUCUACUGAGACGGAUAUAGUAAAGAAUGGAAGGAGCUCCCCCUCAGCACCUCCUACUUCCUCUCCCCCCACCUCUGCCAUGGGGACUCUCUAGCUUCAAUCCCUCCUUCAGCAGUGUAGAAAUUCUGAUUCCUAGCUGGUCUGAGGGAAGAAACCUUUAUGCCCUGUCAAAUCCUUAACUGCAAAUCCCUAGACUUUGCUCUCUCACCUCCUAGGCCGUACAGUUCCUGUCCCUUUCCCUUGUCCCCAUGGUAAUGUUUCCUCUGCCCUCCUUCUGAGGCUAUACCCAUGUGUCCCUCAAAACUGGUUAUAAAAGUCUUGAUGUAUGCAUCCCUGCCCAGUCACCUGAGUCUCCCUCCCUGCUAUCACUUUGGUCCUGAACUGUGGGAGUGCCAGAGAGAAGCAAAGUCUCUGGGAAAUGAGGGAUCAGCACUCAAUAAAGAAGCCAGAGGUGCCAGGCACCUGCAGCUCACACUUGUAAUCCUACCUACUCAGGAGGCAGAGAUUAGGAGGAUCGCUGUUCGAAGCAAGCCCGGGAAAAAGUUGUGAGACCCUAUCUUGA